CGACCAUGGCCGCCGAGCCGGCGGAUGUCGGCGACUCCGAGCCCGAGCCCUUCUCCCCGUCGGACUUCCUCAACCUUGGUCCCCCAACGCCUCGCCUCGACAGCCCCGCCCUGCAGCUGCACGACGACGAUGACGACCUCGUGCUCCUCUUCAUCUCGCGCAUGCUCAUGGAAGAGGAGACGGACGGCUUCUUCGAGCAGUACCACCCGGACCACCCCGCGCUGCUCCAGGCCCAGCAGCCCUUCGCCGACAUCCUCGCUGGCGCCGCCGCCGCCGACGGCAGCCGAGGGACCUCUGUAGCUGGCUCCCCUGCAUUCGCCGCCAACGCUAUCUGGCCCUACGAUCCAGUCCAGCUCUCCCAGCUGCUUCUUUCUAGGACCUACCCGGCCGACACGGCGGCAUACCCCAGCGCCGCCGCCGACUCGAUGGCGUCCUCUGCCGGGUCCGGUGCUGGCACGGUAAACAUGGACAUGCUCAACCUGGCGUUCCUCAAGGGCAUGGAGGAGGCCAGCAAGUUCUUGCCGGCCACCAGCAACAACCAUGACCACCGGCGCCAAGCGACGGAAACAUGCGACAAGCGGGUGGACGAAUCGUCGCCGUUGCUCCAACAGAGUGCAAGCAAAGGCCGCAAGAACCACAGGCACGCUCCUUAUUGGGGUGAGGAUGAGGAGGCCGAGACAGGCAGGAGGAGCUGCAAGGUGAUGGCGGUCGAAACAGAGGAAAGCGAGAUGGUGGAGGAGUUCGUCCAGAGCGGAUACGACUCGCUGCACGAGCAGAUGAUGGCCAUGACCCUCAGCACGGCCGGCAGCAGGAAAGGGAAGGGGAAAGGGAAAGGGAGCGCCAACGAGGCCGUGGACCUGCGCACCUUGCUGAUCCACUGCGCGCAGGCCGUGGCCGCCGGCAACCGCCCCAGCGCCGCGGACCUGCUGGGCAAGAUCAGGGCGCGCUCCUCGCCGAGGGGAGACGCCACGCAGAGGCUAGCGCACUGCUUCGCCGGGGGGCUGGAGGCGCGGCUCGCGGGCACUGGGACCCAGCAGCUCACGGCGGCGACGAAGCGCGCCUCCGCCGUGGAGAUCCUCAGGGCCUACCAGCUCUACCUGGCGGCCUGCAGCUUCACAGCGAUGGCGUACAAGUUCUCCAACCUGGCCAUCUGCAAGGCCGUCGGCGGCGGCGGGAGGAAGAAGGUGCACAUCGUGGACUACGGCGACCACUACUACGGGUUCCAGUGGCCGUCGUUGCUGGGCUACUGGGGUAGCCUGGAGGCUGGGCCGCCCGAGGUGAGGAUCACCGCCAUCGACUUCCCCGAGCCCGGGUUCCGCCCGGAUGCUCGGCUCCAGGCGACCGGGCGGCGGCUCACAUGCUUCGCUCGCCGGCAUGGCGUCCCCUUGAGGUUCCACGGCAUCGAGGCCAGGUGGGACGCGGUUUCGGUGGACGAGCUGAGCAUCGAGCGCGACGAGGUGCUCGUCGUGAACGGCCUGUUCAGUCUCGGUAGGAUGCAGGAGCAGGAGCAGGACGACGUGGAUAGGGAUAGCCGGCCGAGCCCUAGGGACACUGUCCUCGGUAACGUCCGGAAGAUGCGGCCCGACGUGUUCGUCCUGUGCGUGGAGAACAGCUCGUACGGCGCGCCCUUGUUCGUGACGCGGUUCCGGGAGGCGCUCUUCUACUACUCGGCGCUGUUCGACAUGAUGGACGCGGUGGCGGCGCGGGACGACGACGACCGCGUGCUGGUGGAGCAGCACCUGUUUGGGCAGCGCGCCUUGAACGCCAUCGCGUGCGAGGGCUCGGACAGGGUGGAGCGGCCGGAGACGUACCGGCAGUGGCAGGUGCGGAACGAACGGGCAGGGCUGAGGCAGCUCCCGUUGGAUCCUGAUGCGGUUCGGGCCAUCAGAAGGAAGGUGAAGGACAAGUACCACAGGGACUUGUUCAUCGAUGAGGAUCAGCAGUGGCUCCUGCAAGGGUGGAAGGGACGAGUACUCUACGCCAUGUCUGCGUGGGCUGCAAAAUGAUACGUACACUAGUUUAACAAAGUUCAAAGAAAACACCAUUAAUAUCUAUGGCUCAUGUUCAAAAAACGUUUGAUUCCGAGAAUUGUAAUCUUUCUUCUUCUUUUUUAUGAAGGGACGUAGAAAGAGUAUAUAAUUAAUUUUAUGGAUUACUUGUUUGACUGUCCUAACAAGUCUGGUCACGUGAAGGACUUCCCUAUCUGUUGUAACAUCACUCGGAGUUUCCUUGGGUCUGGAAAAAGGAAACUACUUAGC